AUGGUUGCGACGAGCGAGGCAGCGGGCAGGGGCAAGGGGAAGGGCAAGGGGGGCGACGCCAAGAAGCUCUCGGAGGAAGUGAGUAACGUGGCGCGCAAGCUGGGCCUGGGGGGCGCCGGAGGCGAAGACGGAUUCGAAUUCGAUGACUUUGCGCCGAAGAAGCAGGCGCAGGCGAAGAAGCAGGCGGCGGCAGACAGCGGCGCUCCCGCCAGCAAACGCGGUCCCGGCGAGGCCCGCAAGCAGGAGCGGACGGCGGCUGCCCCGCAGCGCGGCCGCAACGGCCCGCCCGCGGCGAAGCCUCACGGCCGCGGGCCCGCGGGGAAGCGAGAGGAUGGCAAGGCGCCUGCAGAGGCGGGGAAACCCCCCAAGAGGCGCUGGAACGAGGGCGCGGGGCCCCGCCCUACUGGUGGGCCUCUCCUGGGGAGCGACGAACCGUCGCACUGGCUGUCCGCAGUCGAGGCGCUGCCCCCGCUGCCCGAAGGAGGAGGCCAGCCGCCGACGCAGGACCAGGUCGACGCCGCGCGGACGCGCGGCGACGCGCUGCUGGAGUCCGAGGCCGCGUCCUUUGACUCGGCGGUGCACCGACGCAACCCCCGCGACGCGCGGUGGCUGGCGACGGCGCGCAAGUCCGGCACGAGCGCGGACAAGCUCGCCGCCGCGGCGCUCGUGAUCCAGGAGUCCCCCGUCGCCAACCUCCGCUCGCUGGACAUGCUCAUCGGCUGGGUGGCGCGGAGCAAGGGCGGCCGCAGCGCCGCCACGCAGGCCAUUGCCACGCUCACCGAGCUCCUGGUGGACCACCUGCUGCCCGACCGGCACCUGCGCUUCCUGGACCAGCAGCCGCUGGGCGCGCUGGAGAAGCUUCCGCGGCGCGACGCGGACCGGUGGCUGCUGUACAUGACGUUCGAGGAGUCUCUGAAGCGGCGCGUGGCGCUGCUGGUGGAGAGCCUGGAGAAGGCGACGGUGGACGGGAUCGACUACGUCAAGGAGAAGGCGAUCAAGGGCGUCUACGAGCUGCUCGCGAACAAGCCCGAGCAGGAGGUCAAGCUCCUCGCGGUCCUGGUGAACAAGCUCGGCGACCCUGCGCGCAAGGUCGCGUCCAAGGCGUCCUACAUGCUGUCGUGCCUGGUGACGGAGCACCCGUCCAUGAAGCUCGUCGUCGUGCGCGAGUGCGAGCGCUUCGUCCUCCGCCCGGGCCUCCCCGACCGCGCCCGUUACUACGCCGUCAUCUUUCUGAGCCAAAUCGUGCUGUCGCACCGCGAGGCGGACGGCGGCGGCCCGCAGCUCGCGCGCAAGCUGGUCGAGGUGUACUUCUCGCUCUUCGCGCUCCUCGUGGAGGGCCGCAUCGGCCGCGGGCGCACGCAGCAGGACGCGCGCGAGGCCAAGGCGCAGGCGGCGGGCGGCGGCGCCAAGCUGCGGAAGGCGCAGGCGGCGGUGCGCGAGGGCGCGAAGCAGAGCGCGGCGGAGAUCGACGCGCGGAUCCUCUCGGCGAUCCUCACGGGGCUGAACCGCGCGUUCCCGUACGUGGCGGCGGAGGAGGUAGAACCUAUCCUGGAGGAGUACUCCGGGGCCAUCUACAAGAUGGCGCACGCGCGCAGCUUCAACGUGGGCGUGCAGGCGCUGACGCUGCUGUUCCAGGCCAUGUCGUCGCGCACGGCCGUGUCGGACCGGUUCUACCGCGCACUGUAUGCGGCGCUGCUGCACCCGGGCUUCGCGUCCUCGUCGAAGCUGCCGCUGUGCCUCUCGCUGCUGUUCAAGGCGCUCAAGGCCGACGUCAGCGUGCCGCGCACCGCGGCGUUCGUCAAGCGCAUGCUCCAGGUCGCGGCCGCGAACGGCCCCGGCCUUGCGUGCGGCACGUUGAUGAUGUUCUCGGAGCUGUGCAAGGCGCGCCCGGCGCUGUGGAACCUCAUCACGCAGCCCGGGGAGGAGGGCGCCGACGGGGACCUGGAGCGGUUCCGCGACGAGGACGACUCGGACGACCCUGCGUCGAAUGGUGCUGCGCGGCGGGAGGCGCCUCGGGCGACUGCGGAGCUGUGGCCGCGUCCCGGGACGUACGACAUGCGCAAGCGCGACCCGCUGCACGCGUGUGCGGAUCGGACGUGCAUGUGGGAGCUCUCGGCGCUCGCGGGGCACGCGCACCCCUCGGUGGCGGCGAUGGCGCGGGCGCUGCUGUCGGGCACGAACGUCGUGUACCAGGGCGACCCUCUGCGGGACUUCUCGCUCUCCGCGUUCCUCGACAAGAUGAUCGCGAAGAAGCCGAAAGCCAAGGCGGGCGGCUCGAAGGCGGCGCUGCCCUUCCGCAGCACUGACGCGAGCGCGAGCCUGGCCACGGUCGCGCACGCGUCCUUCGCGGCGCUCGCGGAGAGCCAGGUCGACGCCGCGGACGUCGCGCUGCACCGCUACCUCAACACACCAAGCGUCAGGGCCAAGCGCGAGGCCAGAGAGAAGGCGCGCAGAGAGCGGAAGAAGGCGGAGGCGGGCGCCGGGUCGGACAGCGAGGAGGAGGACGCGUUCCUGGACCGCGCGGAGAGGGCGGAGGUGCGGGGCGUCGGGGAGGAGGACGGCGCGUCUGACGGGGAGGGCGGGUAUGACUACGCUGACCUGGCGAACGCCAUGUCUGACGACGAGGACUCGGACCACGGGUCGAGCGCGGACGGCGAGGACGACGGCAGCGACUCGAGCGAGGGCGAGUGGGAGACGGGCGCGGAGGGGGCGGCAGCGCUGGAGGAGGAGGGGAGUGACGGAGACGAAUCACUCCCCGGGGGGGGCGAUUCCGACGAGAGCCUACCGGAACCCGUCAGCAGCGGAAGCGAGGGCGAGGGCGACGGCGACGACGAGGCUGCGCGGAUGUCUCGCGUGCUGCGGUCGCACCGUAGCAGGAAGCGCAAGGGGGACGUGUCGACGGAGCUGGCGGACGCCGACGACGACCUGAUGGCGCUGAUCGAGCGCAACAUGCAGGCCGUGGACGCCGCCGCGGAGGAGGGCGCCGGGGCGGAGGAGGGGCCCGGUGGCGGCCGGCGCGAGGGAGGCGGGCGGAAGCGGCGCAAGAAGGGCGGGAGACGGUGA